CGGCAAAAAAGCGUGCGAUACGUGCCAAAAUCAGCGCGCUGUGCCAGCAAACAGUAGCGACGGACGCAUCGUUCAACUCUCGCAAUCGUUCGGCAGCGUUUCAUUGCUGCACAGCCUCCAGUGACAAGUGCCUCCCAGCAGUGCACAGCUCAUAGCACUCGUACGACUCGUGCUGCUGUGCUGAUAGCGCUCAGAAAACUGGAUGCGACUCGUGCUGACAAGCAUAGCUCUCGCGUCGAGCAUGGAGCCGCGCCGCUCUUUCGGCACCGAGAUAGCGUCUGCUGCAUCCCCGAAACCGCCGCGCUUCGUCGACGUCGACAAGUUCGACGUCGCCGACGGCGCCGCGGCGCGCGCACACCUCGACGAGCGCGGCUUUGUGGUCUUCCGAGGCGUGCUCGAUCAAGGAGAGGUCGCGCGCGCGAACGAGCUCUUCUUCGACUAUGUGGAAGCGUUGGGUAGCGGUGUCGACCGCAACGACGUAAAUACUUGGGGCGACGACCGCUGGCCGCCGUGCGCAGGGGAUGCUGGUAUCCUUCCAUGGUUCGGCGUCGGUCAGUCUCCUUUUAUGUGGUACGUCCGCACGCGGACGAAGGUCGCCAAGGCCUACCGCCAGGCGUGGGGUUUGGACGCGGACGCUCCCCUGGCGACGAGCUUCGACGGCUGUUGCGCCUGGCGGCCCGGGCAGGUCACGCGCUCGGGCUGGCUGCACGUGGACCAGGAUGCGCUGAGAGGCAAUCAGCGCGAGAUGCUCCAGGGCCUCGUACACCUGACGGCGCCGGUCUCCGAGAGUACGGGCGGCCUCGUGCUCGUCGAUCGUUCUCAUCGCACCGUCUUCCCGCGCCUCGCCGAUCAGUACGGAGAUGCGCUGAAAGCGAAUAACGGUGAUGACUACUUCGAGCUCGGCGCCGACGACGCCGCGUACGCCGACCCGAUCUGCUGCCGCCUCGAGCCCGGCGAACUUAUUAUUUGGGACUCGCGAGUGGCCCACGCGUCGCACCCGCCGAGCGAGCCGGCCGCGGACCCGCACGCGCUCGUGCGCCUCUGUGCAUAUGUAUGUAUGGCACCUCCGUCAGGAGACGAAUCUGUGCAGCGCGCGCGGCGCGAGGCGUUCGAGGAAGGGCAGACGACGACGCAUUGGCCCACGAAGGUCGUCACGACGGACGUCUACGAGAGCUUCGCCGCGCUGCCGGAUCACGUCCGACUGCGGUACGGCGAGGCGCCGCGCGCCGCGCGGACUCCGGAGGUCGAGGCGUUGCUGUGACUCUCGCGGCGAUGACGCCAUCGCCGCGACGUUUGUAAUACUGGUCUUGUGAACGUGAGUUAUGUGUGAGAGAGAUAAAGGGC